UUCCCCCCUACCCACCCAAAAAAAAAAAUCUUCAGGAGGGAAUCAAGAUGGAAAGAAAGGAAAAGUUCAAUCUGGCCCGAAUGCCCUCCAUCCUUAUUCUGGGUGUGGUUUAUGUGGCCUACGUACUCAUUGGUGGAUUUUGGAAGUUGGAGGGGGAUCUCGGGGAGAAGGACAUCAGUCUCUUAUUGAUGAACAAAGAUAAGCUGUUGUCGACGGACACGUUUCUGGACCAAGAUGGCCUUGAGGAGGUGGCACAGGUUAUUCGAGAUGCUUCUAAAGUGGGCCUGAGUUUGAAAGGCAACGGCACACCCAUCGGAUUUUGGAAAUUCACCAGCUCGGCUGUGUUUGCCGCCACUGUGGUCACAACCAUAGGUAAUGGAAACAUGAGUCCCAGCUCUACCACUGGUCAGAUCUUCUGCGUGUUCUUCGCCCUAUUUGGCAUCCCACUCAAUAUGGUGGUGCUCAACAGGGUGGGCAAGUAUAUGGUCGUCAUUGAACGGAACACCUCCGACUUCCUCGAGAGGAAGACUGGCAAACGGAGCUGUUCUCGCUUCUUCGUCCACUCGGUGUCUUACCUGUCCGGAGCCCUCUUCUUCUUCAUUGUUCCCAUGCUGGUGUUCCACCUUCAUGAAGGUUGGACCUACUCACAGGCCAUCUACUAUUGUUUCAUCACGCUCAGCACCAUCGGCUCUGGAGACUUUGUGGCUGGUAAAUCUCAGAGCACGCUAAUCAAAGCAUUAUCACUACCAUCAUCAUCAUAUUUGAAUGUUUUAUUUGCGGACAGUAACCCAGAUCACGUGUACCCACAGUGGUAUAGCGUCCUCAUGGCCUCCUGGAUAUUCUUCGGCCUGGCCUGGUUGGCGCUCAUCAUCAACCACUCCAUUGAUAUCCUGGAGAAGCUCAACAGUCUCGUGAAACAGUGGUGAGGGGGUGACAAACAGGAGGCACGGGAGAGCCGCAACCGCGGCACAGAGCUGAAGGAGCAAGUUCAGGUCAAGCAGCCGCCUUUAACUCAGUAAAGUAGAAAACAAGUGGACUUCCUUACUCAUAAGGACAUGAUGUGUGUGCACGCAUAUCGAUCGUGUUCAUAAAUAGGUUGUGGCCUGUGAGCUAAGGAUUGUGUUUACACUCACUUUGACGCUCAUUCAUUAUCCGGCCAUUUCAAAGAUGACAGUAAUGGAACUAUACUUUCUGCUUGGAACCAGUCUUAUCUGGUGUAAAUUUAGUUGAUUGGUGCUGUUGUUUUAAAUGUGGUUGAAAUUUGAAAAAUGUUGAGAGAAAAAAAUGGAAUUAAAAAAAUUGCUAUGAUUUUAAAUGUGGUUGAAAUUUGAAAAAUGUUGAGGGGAAAGUGGAAUAAAAAAAUAAAUAAAAUAAUACAUUUAUGCUAUUACAUUGUAAUAACACAAAUGUAUAUUUUGUAAUAACUACCAGAAAAGAACUUUGAGAAGGUAAUUGCAAUAUUGUGAGAAUAUUUUCUUAUGUGAAUACAAAGCUAACGUUGA